AUCGAAUUUACGACGAUUCCCGAUGAACGUCAUCAGGACGUGAGUGCUUCUGAACAACAUGGCCGCUACCACAAGAGAAGAGUUGGAACUGCAAAUCCGAGAGAUUCAAUCUCGGAAGGCCAAUCUUCAACAAAGAAAAUCUGGAAAACUUGAUGGAAUUAGUGAGAUUGAAAGGGUGCAACUUGGUGCAGAAGGACACUUUGAUCAAGAUAUCUAUGGUUCUAGUAGAAAUAAAUAUGAGGGUUACGUCACAUCUAUUGCAACUAACGAUGCAGAUGAUGAUGAUGAUGAGGAAGUUCCCGCCGGAACAUUGAUGGGCAAAAGAGCGAACUACACAGCCCCAGCAUCAGUUCUCAACGAUAUACAACGUAGUGCAGUGGACUAUGACCCUUUUGCUGAGCACAGAAUUCCUAAAAUUGCAGACAGGGAAGAUGAAUACCGGGCACGCAGACGAAAGAUGAUCAUAUCACCUGAGCGACAUGAUCCAUUUAGAGACGGUGGCAAGACCCCUGAUCCAAAGUCACGGACGUAUGCUGAGAUUAUGUCUGAUCAAGCACUGUCAAAAGAUCAGCAUGAUGUGAGAUCUAGGAUGCAUGAGAAGGCCAAGGCUGGAGAUUUACAUGCUGUUAAUGGAGCUGAACAGCCUGUUUCUAAACCUGCCAAAAGACGACGUUGGGAUCAAGCUGGUGGUGGAGAUGAAACGCCAGGUGCGACUCCUAAAAAGAAGGCAUCCAGUUGGGAUCAAGCAGAAGCUGGAACUCCAUCGCAUACUCGCUGGGAUGAAACUCCAGGUCAUCAAAAAGGAGGUGAAACACCUGGUGCAACUCCCGGUGCCAGUACACGCGUAUGGGAUGCCACUCCUGGACAUGCAAGCACGCCAGGACAUGCCAGUACACCUGGUCAUGCCACUCCUGGUCAUGCUACGCCUGGUCGUGGUGCUACUCCUAGUGCAAGAAGAAAUCGUUGGGAUGAGACACCAAGGACUGAGAGAGAAACGCCUGGCCAUGGCAGUGGAUGGGCUGAAACACCACGUACCGAUAGAGGAGAUGAUGGAAUAUCAGAAACCCCAACACCAGGUGCAUCAAGUCGUCGAAGGUCACGUUGGGAUGAGACUCCAGCAAAUCAGAUGGGUGGUGCCACACCAGUGUUGGGGCAAGGUAUAACACCCACUGGACAGAAGGCUAUGGCGAUGGCAACUCCAACCCCAGGCCACUUGAUGCAGAUGACGCCAGAACAGAUGCAGGCCUAUCGAUGGGAGAAAGAAAUAGAUGACAGAAACAGGCCGUGGACGGAUGAAGAAUUAGACUCAUUAUUUCCAGAAGGAUACAAAGUAUUACAACCACCAGCUGGUUAUGUUCCAAUCCGUACUCCGGCACGUAAACUAACCGCAACUCCCACUCCACUUGGAGGAAUGAGUGGAUUUCAUAUGCAAGUUGAGGAUAGGUCAACCAAUCAUGGUUUGGAACAGCCCCCUGGGAAUCUACCGUUUCUAAAACCAGACGAUGCCCAGUAUUUUGACAAACUACUGGUUGAUGUUGAUGAAAGCACUCUCAAUCCAGAAGAACUUAAAGAGCGCCGCAUCAUGAAAUUGCUUUUGAAGAUAAAGAAUGGAACUCCACCAAUGAGAAAAGCUGCCCUGCGACAAAUUACAGACAAAGCCCGUGAAUUUGGGGCUGGUCCUCUAUUCAAUCAAAUUUUGCCUCUUCUCAUGUCUCCUACACUGGAAGAUCAGGAGCGUCACUUGUUGGUGAAAGUUAUUGACAGAAUUCUUUAUAAAUUGGAUGAUUUGGUUAGGCCAUAUGUCCACAAGAUUCUUGUUGUCAUUGAACCCCUAUUGAUUGAUGAAGAUUACUACGCUCGUGUUGAGGGUCGUGAAAUUAUCUCCAACUUGGCCAAAGCUGCUGGUCUGGCUACUAUGAUUUCAACCAUGCGACCUGAUAUUGACAACUUGGAUGAGUAUGUACGUAACACAACUGCCCGUGCCUUCGCUGUAGUAGCCUCUGCCCUGGGUAUUCCAUCUCUGCUGCCUUUCUUGAAAGCUGUGUGUAGAAGUAAAAAGUCGUGGCAAGCCAGACAUACUGGUAUUAAAAUUGUACAACAGAUUGCUAUUCUCAUGGGCUGUGCUAUCCUGCCACAUUUGAGAAACUUGGUGGAAAUCAUUGAACACGGUCUUGUUGAUGAACAGCAGAAAGUACGUACAAUCACAGCUUUGGCUUUGGCGGCUUUGGCAGAAGCUGCUACACCCUAUGGUAUUGAAUCCUUUGAUAGUGUUCUCAAACCAUUGUGGAAGGGUAUUCGACAACACAGAGGAAAGGUAUUGGCUGCUUUCUUGAAAGCCAUUGGUUAUCUAAUCCCAUUGAUGGAUGCAGAAUAUGCUAAUUAUUAUACAAGGGAAGUGAUGUUGAUCUUGAUUCGUGAGUUUCCAUCUCCUGAUGAAGAAAUGAAGAAAAUUGUGUUGAAAGUGGUAAAACAGUGUUGUGCCACAGAUGGUGUGGAAUCUCAAUACAUCAAAGAUGAGAUCCUGCCACCAUUCUUCAAACAUUUCUGGCAACAUAGAAUGGCAUUAGAGAGGAGAAACUAUAGACAGCUUGUUGAUACAACUGUAGAGUUGGCGAACAAAGUAGGAGCAGCUGAAAUCACUAGUAGGAUAGUGGAUGACUUGAAAGAUGAAGCCGAACAAUAUCGUAAAAUGGUGAUGGAAACGAUUGAAAAGAUUAUGGGUAAUUUAGGCGCUGCUGACAUAGACUCCAGACUAGAAGAGCAGCUCAUUGAUGGUAUUUUAUAUGCAUUCCAGGAACAAACCACUGAGGAUGUGGUUAUGCUGAAUGGUUUUGGCACAGUUGUGAAUGCUCUGGGAAAACGAGUCAAGCCGUAUUUGCCACAGAUCUGUGGUACUAUUCUAUGGCGUCUCAACAACAAAGCAGCUAAAGUUAGGCAACAAGCAGCAGAUCUCAUAUCCAGGAUUGCUGUGGUUAUGAGGACAUGUCAAGAGGAAAAGUUAAUGGGUCAUUUAGGUGUGGUGUUGUACGAGUACCUAGGAGAAGAAUACCCAGAGGUUCUUGGUAGUAUACUGGGUGCACUCAAAGGUAUUGUCAAUGUUAUUGGUAUGCAUAAAAUGACGCCUCCUAUCAAAGAUUUACUGCCACGUCUCACACCAAUUCUAAAAAACAGGCAUGAAAAAGUACAAGAGAACUGUAUAGACUUGGUCGGCAGGAUAGCAGACAGGGGGUCAGAGUAUGUAUCAGCUCGUGAGUGGAUGAGGAUAUGUUUUGAACUGCUGGAAUUAUUAAAAGCCCACAAAAAAGCUAUCAGGCGUGCGACUGUCAACACGUUUGGUUACAUUGCAAAAGCAAUCGGUCCACAUGAUGUACUGGCUACUCUGUUAAACAACUUGAAAGUCCAAGAACGUCAGAAUCGUGUGUGUACAACUGUAGCUAUAGCCAUAGUAGCUGAGACCUGUUCACCGUUUACAGUACUGCCAGCUCUCAUGAAUGAAUACCGUGUACCAGAGUUAAAUGUACAGAAUGGUGUCCUCAAAUCAUUAUCAUUCUUAUUUGAGUAUAUUGGUGAAAUGGGAAAAGAUUACAUCUAUGCCGUGUCGCCUCUCUUGGAAGAUGCUCUUAUGGACAGAGAUCUGGUUCAUCGGCAAACAGCGUGUGCAGCUAUAAAACACAUGGCAUUGGGAGUGUAUGGUUUUGGCUGUGAAGAUGCACUCAUACAUUUACUUAACCAUGUUUGGCCCAAUAUAUUUGAAACAUCACCACAUGUGAUACAGGCUGUCAUGGAUGCUGUGGAAGGACUAAGGGUUGGGCUUGGUGCAAUCAAACUCCUACAGUAUUCACUACAAGGGUUAUUUCAUCCAGCCAGGAAAGUACGAGACGUCUACUGGAAGAUUUAUAAUACACUGUACAUUGGGGCUCAAGAUGCUUUGGUUGCUGGUUAUCCAAGAGUAUCAAAUGAAGAGAAAAACUUUUACAUCAGAAACGAGUUGGAUUACUUCCUGUAGAUGAUCAAUAUGUCAUAUAGAUUGCAGAGUUAACAGUGUGCAAUUCUUUAAAACCACACAACACAUCACACUCAAGAUACCCAUGAUGCUGUAUUCUUUUCAAUUUAAUUUGUGUGUGCAGUAUCGAUUUCUUAAAAGCACUCUCAGAAUGAGUUUUAAUGUCUGUUCUUUUUGUAUGCAGAAACAGUUGUCACAUGCAAUCAAUUUUAUAUGACACUAAUUUCUCAGAUAAAAAAAAAAGUCAUGUCAUCUGCACAAUUUAUAUAAGAGUGAGUAUCCACUACUUUCCAAAAAACACAGGACUGACUUACCACAUUCACAUUAUUACCACAUUGUAUUUUUGUUGUGUGUAUAGGAUUUAUCUUGUUGGCUUUGGAAGAUUAAACACCUGAUCAUGAUUAAUUCUUGAAUUUUCUGUUUCUAUAGCAAUAGAAAUAUAAUUUCCUCUGUAUUUUUAUGUAUCUUAAACAAUGUCAAGUUUCUGGAAAUGAAAUAAAAAUAAAGAAAAUAGAAACUCUUU